AUGAGUGGAUCAAGCGGUGACUUUGGAGACGCUCAAAGCCAAGGGGUGGACAAGUGGUGGACAGUUGUGCGUAACGUUGUGUAUGAGUGUGACAGCGAAGUGUCAGCCAUUUUAGUGAUCCCUUCAUUACUUCCUAAUUGCGAUUCAGAGGAAGUGUCGGAAGUGUUGGCCACCGACCGGAGCAGCUCUGAGGUGAUGGCUGGAAGUGAUCGCUGGUAUUUCGACAGAGAAGUGCUCGCAAACACUCCCUCCAGAAGAUGUGGCAUCGACUCAGACAAAGAGCUCUCGUAUAGACAACAGGCGGCGAACCUAAUCCAAGAUAUGGGACAACGUCUGCGUGUGUCAGUUCAUACAAACCGGUCUCAGUUAUGCAUAAAUACAGCCAUUGUUUAUAUGCAUCGCUUCUAUACGUUUCACUCGUUCACCAAAUUUCAUCGAAAUUCGAUCUCGAGUUGUGCGCUCUUUCUGGCGGCCAAAGUGGAAGAACAGCCGCGAAAGUUAGAGCAUGUGAUCAAAGUGUCGCACAUGUGCUUACAUCGAGACAUACCGGCCCUCGACUUCAAGAGUGAGGCCUAUAAGGAACAGGCGAUGGAACUGGUGUUCAAUGAGAACCUAAUGCUACAGACACUGGGCUUCGACAUCGCUGUCGAACACCCGCACACUUCGGUCGUCAACUGCUGUCAACUGGUCAGAGCGAGCAAAGACUUGGCUCAGACCUCGUACUUCAUGGCCACUAACAGUCUUCACUUGACCACAAUGUGUCUCCAACACAAGCCCACAGUCGUGGCCUGUGUUUGCAUACACCUGGCCUGCAAGUGGUCGCGUUGGGAGAUCCCGCGCUCGAGUGAAGGCAAAGACUGGUUCUAUUACGUGGACACUAGUGUCACGUUAGACCUAUUGGAACAGUUGACGUCCGAGUUCUUAGCUAUUCUAGACAAGUGUCCCUCAAGACUCAAGCGGAAGGUUAUCAGUGGCACUGAAGCUGCCGGCGCCUCAACGUCGGGUUCUCAUCACAACUCAUCACUCAAUAAAUCAAUUGAUGAGAAGAGGAGUUCAAUGCAUAUAAAGGAAGAAAACAAGUCAUCGACUGUUCAUAAGUCGAGUUCACAUCAUUCGACCGAAAGGAGUGAUAAGACAUCGGCAAUGAACUCAUCGGUGAGCCGUCGAUCGCCGCCCACUUCGCCGCUCACCAAGAAAUUGAAGACCGAACAGACCUGCCAUACGUCGAGCCAACCCUUAAGCAAACCUCCCGUUUCCAUGACUUACGCGGCCUAUCGGGAGAGGAAGGAGAAGGCAAACACUCAACCCGACUGUCCAAAACAGCAGCCAAUUCUGCCCAAUAAGUCAUCAACACAUAAACCAAAUCGUGAUAUCGUUUCAAAUCCACAAAAGGAGAGAAUAUCUCCAAAACAACAAAUAAUUACUGAUAGACAGCGACAAAGCGAUGAAAGGCAUAGACUUAAGCCUAAAAAUAGUGAUUAUUUAUUUGAGAGCAGUAGUCGUCCAGCGGUUACAGCAAAACCAAUCUCUAUACCGACAAAUCAAAAGCCCAAUAAUAUAACCGAAGAUUUUUACGAUAAUCUGCUGAACAAACCGUCAAAUUUCAACUCAAUCUUCGCGACCGGCGAUGGCGACGACUCGCUUGACUUCAAGCGCGAUGUCGUUUCCAACCUUCAGAUGGAGUUCUCAGAUAAUUCUAAUCAAUCGACUGAUGGCUUGAAUUUGAGUUCAUUUCCAUCAGAUUUUAUGAACGACUCUUCGGACUCCAAGAAGAGUUUGAAUAAUAAUAAUAACAAUAAUAAUAGUAAUAAUAAUAGCAAAUCACAACCCAAUUUGGAGACAAAGCCCACGAGUUUUAUGUCUAUAUUCUCGACACCAAUCGCCACAACUCAGACCAUAACUCCCAUAACCGCCGCAACAACGGCUCAGAAGUCAGACAACCCGAAGGCAAACAUUCCCUCUAAAUAUAGUGAUGUCUUAUCUCGUAUUCCUCCGAUGUUAAGUCCAUUGCAUACGGCAGUGAAGUCUGCGGUAGAUAUGGAAAUGAUUCCCAAAUUAGAGAAACCGUUUUCAUCGCACUCUUCAGCCCUAACGCAUCCCAAAAAUAAUAUCAAUUUGAACUCAGAAUUGGAUUCA